AUGGAAUCAAAAUCAAUGACAAUCAGCACUAAAAUAUAAUAGUCUAACUAUUCUGCACUAUCUAAUCUACCUCGACACAUUAUUAAUUAAAUAAAAAGUGAAGGUGAAAUGUAUAUCACUGCACCUAACAAAUGCUCGAGAAUAUGGAUGGAAAUGAGAAAAAAUGAUUUUGUGACAGAUGCUCAAUUAAACUUUACUAUUGUGUAGAGAAUCUUUGAAGCUUGUAGAAGUGAGAUCGUAUAAUUAUUGAAACUGUAAAAUGAAAAGGAUUUCUUUGAGCUCUUCGAUUAGGAUAAUGAUGGAAUUUUGAAUGAAGAUGAGUAGAUUUUAGUGUUUUCAGUCAUCAAAGAAAAAAUGCAUUAGGUAGCUACUGCUUUAUUGAAAAAUUUAAGAAUACAUAUUAUUUAAACAGCUAAUGAAAGAAUUGAGAAUUCUAGAAGCAAAUAUUGCAGAUUAUCAAAAUUAAUUGAGAUAACGUAUAUCAAUCAAAGAAAGAAAAGAUAAGAAAAGCUAGACGAUUUUUAUGAUAAAUACUAUUAAGAAUUUUAAUAGCUAACAAAGUACAAAGUAGACAGAAGAGCAUAAUUAAAAAUAUCUUAAGAAAAAGAAUUAGGAUUGUUGGAGGAUCGACUCUCUAAAGAUACUGAGUUAAUGAAGGUCAAACCUAAGAAAAAGCUGAAGGAUCUACAAACACAGGAAAAGUUGGUAAGUCUGGAGGAAAGAGUAGAAGAAGCAUUAGAUUUUAGAAAAGAAUUAAAAGACCUAGAGAAGCAUGAGUAAGACAGAGUGUAUAAAGUUUAAAAAUAUCGUAUCGAAAAAUAACACAGUGAUUUGUUAUUUAAAUAACAGAAAGAAAGAGAAUAAUUAGAGGGUAAACUAUAAGAAACAGAAUAUAAAUUAAUCAUACAAAUGAAAAAGGAUUAUGAUGUUCUACUUAAGCAAAUAAAUCUACAUAAUAAUGAAAUCACCAGAAUUUAGAGUUUAGCCUCCAAUCAAGCUAUGAAGAAAGGGAUUAGAUAGAAGGUUUAAUCUUAAUUAUAAAAUGCUAUCAUUGCCUAAACUAAAGCCAUAAGUCAACCUGAAUCCAAAAUUAAUGAUCUAGACUAAUUUCAUGAAUCUGAAACCAUUAGAAAAUUAGAAACUCGAAAGAGUCUUUAAUUCGUUGGUUCUCCUGGUAAACCUAUUUAUUCAGAGGAAAGUGAAAAAACUCCGAUGGGUUCUGCAUUUAAUGGAAAAUCUAAGAACUUUUAUCAAAUUAGAAAAAUUAUUAAAGAGUCCAAAAACAUCACUCAAUUCUAUAUCAAGAAGAAUUACGGUGCUGAUUUACCAGUCAAUUUUAUUAGGAGUGCCCAUAACAUCUAAGGGGAUUAGCAUGAAAAGAUAGAGAGAUUUCUAUCUGUUAAGCGGAAAUCCUAGCAUGAACUCUUACCACCUAUCACUUAAUUGUAUGAUGAUGACAUGUAAGAAAAGUAAAUCAAGGCAAUAACCUAGACUGAUCAAGAGAUAAAAAGAGAAAAAGCACUUAAAAGAGCAUUUAUUAAUGAAAAACUAUUUAGAAAUGAUUGA